AUGGCAAACAUCGACCGCCCCAAAACACCCCUCGACGAAACCCUCUGGCGCGACCAAGCCUGGUACCGCACCUGGGGCCCCCUCACCCCAUUCACCGUAAUGGACUACUUCCGCCUCUCCACCUUCUUCGACAACACCUCCAACAACGGCACCCUCUUCCAACAGAUGCAAUUCCGCCCGGAGAUCCGGCAAGAGCUCGCAACCCCCGACCUGUUCAACGCGCGGCUGCGCCGCAUGACGGGCGUCGAAUACAUGCUGGCCACAGGCUCGUCCGACACCGGUGUAUGGGUGAUCCGGAAGCAGCUGCGGCGCGGCGUGGUGCGGGCCGAGGAUGGGCAGGAGGUCGAGGAUGUGAGCGUGCUCGCGACGUAUUAUGUCGUCGGCGAGAACGUGUUUAUGGCGCCCGCCGUGGGGGCGGUGUUGAUGAACCGCAUGUUAACCGCCAUCACGGCCCUCCGCAGCGCCCAAUCCAUCGCCGCCGGCAUCGCCGAAUACCGCCCCGCCGGCUCCUCUGCCUCUGCCACCGCCGCAGACAAAAAACCACAAGACAGCAGCACCAACAACAAUAGCGGCGCUGUGGGCGGCAGCAGCGCGAAAGAGCUGCCGAGGGCGCUGGCGCUGCAUCUGAAGUACCAGGGCGAGUACAUGGACGACCAUGCGCCGCUGCUUGGGGACCCGGGGAGCUUUCUGCAGAGCGGGCCGGCGGCUGGGGGAAGUGGGGGGGCGGCGGGAGGAGGAGGGGCGGGAGGGGGUGCAGUGGGGGUGGGGGGCAUGGGGAGGGGGAGUAGGAGUGGGACGCCGGCGGGGGAGAAGAAGGAGGUGGGGACGCCGAGGCGGAAGUAG